AUGCUGAAACGUCGUUAUUUAUUUCGUAUUACUCUUUGUCUUCCAAUAGUUUGGUUUAUUAUUGCUCUCAUCAUUUUACAUAAUAGUAUUUCACUUAGAAAUCCAAUAGUUCAGGACGAUGAAAGCGAUCUGGAUGAUUCUGUGUUCAUUGGUGACGAUGAUGAUGAUGGCUUAAAAUCGAAGCUUAGUUUACAAUAUAUUUUCGAUUUUUACAGAAGACUGUUAAAGCUAAUACCUGAUGAUGAUGAUGAAACGCUAUUACCAGGUUUUAAAGAUGAAACCCCCGAUUUGAAUAGGCCUGGUGAGAUGGGUGUAGCAGUCGAAAUCGACAAAACUAAAUUAACACGAAAAGAAUUACAAAAAUAUCACAAUGGCUUCAGAACACAUAAAUUUAAUCAAUAUGUUAGUGAUUUGAUCUCCAAAUAUCGAACUUUGCCAGAUGUACGUGAUCCAGGCUGUCGGCAAAUCCAAUACGAACCAUUAACUAUCACAGCUAGUGUUGUUAUGUGUUUUCACAAUGAAGCCUGGUCAGUUUUAAUUCGAUCGAUACAUUCGAUUCUUAAUCGUAGUCCUGCGCAUUUACUCAAAGAAAUUAUUCUCGUCGAUGACUUCUCUCAAAUGAAACAUUUACAACAACCUUUGGAUCAUUAUAUAAAAAAACUUAAAACUGUAUCAAUUGUUCGAUUGACCAAACGCGAAGGUAUAGUACGUUCACGUUUGGCAGGUGCUGCAAGGGUUCAAGGUGAUGUUAUUGUAUUUCUUGAUUCACAUAUUGAAGUAACAGAAGGUUGGCUUGAGCCAUUACUUCAUCCUAUAUCACAAAAUCAUACGCUAGUGAUUACGCCGCUGAUUGAGGCGAUUGAUGAGAUUACAUUCAAGUAUGUACGAGGUAGACCAAAUAAGAUCGGGGUCGGUGGUUUCGAUUGGAAUCUUCAAUUUUCUUGGCAUGAAGUACCUGAACGAGAAAAACAACGAAGAAAAAAUGAUUUGGAAUUAAUCAGAUCGCCAACCAUGGCUGGAGGAUUGUUUGCGAUUAGUAAAAAUUACUUUGAUUACCUAGGCAAAUAUGAUGUCGAUAUGGAUAUUUGGGGUGGCGAAAAUCUAGAAAUAUCCUUUCGAAUAUGGAUGUGUGGAGGUACGCUACUGACUGCUCCUUGUUCACAUGUUGGACAUGUUUUCCGUAAGUCUACUCCAUACACAUGGAUACCCGGAGUAAAUGUUUUGAAAAAAAAUUCCGUUCGUCUCGCUGAAGUUUGGCUCGACGAUUACAAAAAAUAUUACUAUGAAAGAAUCAGUUACAAUUUGGAAGACUAUGGGAAUGUGACUUCACGUAAAUUGCUACGAGAAAAAUUACAAUGCAAAUCAUUUGGAUGGUAUUUAAAAGAAAUUUAUCCAGAAUUAUAUAUUCCAAAUGAUACUUUAGCAUCAGGUGAUGUUCGGAAUUUGGGCACGAGCUAUUGUUUGGAUGGUAGUGCCGAUCAUCGAAGCCUGAACCAAUCAGCAAUUGCUUUUCUAUGUCAUAACCAAGGUGGCAAUCAGUUCUUCAUGUUGACUCCGACUGGUGAGAUUCGUCGCGACGAUGGAUGUUUACAAUAUUCAGGUGGAGAAACAGAUAUGGACAAAGAGGACAAAGUUCUUAUAAUGAGAUGCGAUGAAAAAAAUCGAAAUCAGAAUUGGGUGUAUACCGAGGAUUUGCAAUUGCAUCAUCCAGUAUCGGAUCUCUGUAUGGCAACAUAUACGGAUGUGAAUCAUAUUAAAAUGCAGAAAUGUUUAUAUCGCUUUUUGCCAACAGAAUACGUCACUAUGACAGGUCAUGUUGGUUUAUCCACAGUUUCUGAUCUAGUAAAACAAACGUCUCUUCGCAAUGAUCACCAGUGUACAGCAGCUAAAGACGGAUUAAACUUUGCUGAGACUGCGAUUAAAACCACCAGAUUGACAUUCACAUCUCAACAGAAUAAACUCGACCAUUCUCUGCGUACUGGAGCACUGACAAAAGCUGAUUAUGACAAACAAAUCAACCAAUUGAAACAUCAACUCGAACUUGAUUGUGCACCAUGGCAAGCUUAUGUAAAAAAACUAAGCCAGCUAAUUGAUCAGUACGGAUCUCGGACUGAAUCACUACGAAACAACAAACGAGAACUUGAACAAUCAUCGUCAUCAUCGUCCAUGAAGAAGUUGCCAAUAUCAUCUGACGUCAAACGUAGUCGAAUUAUGUUUCCUUCUUCAAGUAGCUCCGAUUCAGACGACCCAGAACCACACACUCCGGCUCCUCCUCCAGCAACAACCCAGAAGAAAUCCAUUCCAAACAAAACUACAUAUGAUUCAGGUACCAAUACAGACCCGUUAGAAUUCUCACUACGUACACCGUUUUCUUCAACACCAAGUAACAUUCCAUUCACUGCUCAAACGAAUCAGAUCACUGAACGAGUCCCUUUACAAUAUGUAAAUGAAAUCGCCGCCAAAUCAAUCGUUCAACUACAUGAUGAAGGACAACUAGUUCGAUGGAAUGAUGUCAUCUGGCGUAUCAUUAGUUUCUUUCGUGUACAAGAUCUCGGUAAUCUAGGCAUUCGACGUGCUGAUCAAAUUGCUUGUGUUGAUAAUCUAAUUCGUACUCAAAACAAAAUCAAUAUGUACAUUGAUGCUUACACGUAUUGGUCAACGAUGGGUACCAUCAGUGAAUUAGAGAGUGAUUUAGCUCGUCUGUUUUCUAAGAAGGAUUACUGUGAAUUAUUAAUGGGUCCGAUUGAGAAACAGCCAAAAAUCGAGGAACUAUUUUGUCUACGGGCUGUUUGUUAUGAUUCGGUGAAGAAAGACUUGAAGAGUUCAGAUAUAUUGAAAUAUCUCGAUCAAUAUAUGACGAAAGAAGGCGCGUGGAAAACAGAGAAUGAGUUGAAUUUAUCCAAUUUUUUGAAAUUUACGGCUGAACAAGUGAAUGUGAAGAAUAUUUAUCAGCUGGGAAUUCGAAUAAAGAGUGUCUAUCUCGCUCGAAAUUGUAUCAAAGCGAUGCAAGCAAAUCAACGAAAAAUAAUGGAAAUCGCUCGAACUGAACUCAAUCAAACCUUAGCUAAACUUGCACAAGAAGAAGUUCAGAAAAUUCUUCAUACCAUUCAAGGUAAACUGAUUGACGAUGAGAACCAACAACGGCAGACUUAUGCAUCGAUGGAUCCGAUUGAUAUAAUCAAUGAUAUGGUGGAGAUCUGCCGAGAUUUAUGUCAAAACUUUGUUGCAUUUCGAAAAGUUUCCGAUGCAUUACAAAUCAUUACCAAAGAUUCCAUGUUAAGGAAUAUAUUUCAAAUCGCUAUCUGCCGUGGAAAUCUCACAUUGCCCGAUUCCAAUAUUCGAUCGCUGAGAAGAACUGAUCACGCUGUAGCCAAGAAAAUCUAUUUCAGUUCAUCUGACAGUGAGCCAGAAGCUACUACGCCAUCUUCGAAAGCUGAAUUACCCAAAUCGGCGAAAAAUCAACCAAGUGAACAUGAAAUUAUUCGCGAACUGAAAGAACAGAUGAGCUCAUUGAAAUCCCUUUCAUUCACUUUAUUAUCCCGUAUUGAACAGCGCUUAUGUGAACGAUUUCAAGUGACGAUAUUUCAAGACUUAGGCUACGGUUCGUUUAUGAAUUUCGUCCAACAAAAUGAACAGUUACUUUUUCCUGCGGAAUUUCAAUUCAAUUUCUCGUCAAUACAAUCGAAUGGAAUCAAACCAGCAGUUCUAGUCCCUUUGGAAGAAAUCGAACAAUUCAUUCUUCAUACAAAUGAUCGAUUAAUCAACGAACAAUGUUUACAACAGAUGAUUUGUUAUCAUUUUCACAUCGAAACAUUCGAACAACUUGGAUAUGGAUCAUUUCACUCAGUACUCAGUACCAUCAAACAACAACAAUCAAUCAAAAGAACGUUUGUUCAUUAUGAAUGCACGAUGUUAGAUGAACUGCCUCUCAUAAAACAAAAAUCUAAUUUAAAUAUACAAGAUCUUGAAAAACAAGCUUUACAAGAUAUUAAGCGAUGUCCGUUGCUUGCGAAUAUCCACAGUGAUACUCAAUGGAACUUCCAUUUUCGUCCGAGUCUAGGCAAAUUGAAAUCGUUUCUUACUCGACAUUCACUUCCCUACCUUGAAAUCGAUCAUGUGACGUUUCUCAAACUAUAUCCGAACUCGACUCUUGAUUCAUUCAAAGAAUCUUUGUAUAAUUACGAUACAGUUCUCACUUCUGGCCAUUUGGUUUCAAUCCUCGUGCAAUAUGGUUCCCUGCAAAAUGCUCCAUUAUCCCUCCUUGCGAAUAUCAUGCAUACAUUCUUCUCCAGCACAUCACUCGACGAUCAGCUGUACCAUUUUCUCGCUCAUGUCUUCCUCCGAAUUCCAUAUCUUCUUCUCUCAUCCGUCAUCCAACGAAUCUUUCUCGAGCCUUUGGUUAAACUCGAAGGCAGUCAGAUAAAAAUGCGUGACACUUUUUGGAAAAUACUCGACAAACAGCAUUCGGAUAUGGUCAGCCGAUUCACUCAACUAGGACAAUACUUAGGGUACACUGAGUGGUCAGUCGACAAGCUAUCAACGAAAUCAGUGCUUUCAAUUUCAAAGAAAGAACAACGAGCAAUUCUACCAACUCCGAUCACUAGCAAGCUGCCAAUUGAUGUGAAGAUGGAGAGGAUGUGUUCGACAAAUGAUCCGUACGAAGUGGUUGAAAGAAUCCGUCGGGAGAAGUUCGGUAUUGGUUUAAACCUUUGCCUUGAAAGUCAACAUUUAACUGAGCAACUGAAAUUACUCGUCGGUCGAUCAUUGGAACGUCUUUCCAAGGAAUUGUACAAUACUGACAUGCACUUUGUCCUUGAAUUAAUUCAAAAUGCAGACGAUAAUCGAUAUAUUACGAAGCCAAGUCUUAUCUUUGUCAUUGAUUCAACUUCAAUCAAUAUCUAUAACAACGAAACUGGUUUUCAAGAACAUAAUAUUCAAGCUUUGUGUGAUAUUGGCAAGUCAACGAAGGGUAAACAUCAACAGGGUUAUAUUGGACAGAAAGGUAUUGGAUUUAAAUCAGUCUUCACAAUUUGUGAUCGUCCGGAAAUCUAUUCGAAUGGUUAUCAAAUAUGUUUCGAUGCUCAUAAUGGACCUAUUGGAUAUAUCUUACCUAACUGGAUAAAUGAUGAAAAUCGAGACAAUGAUUACCUGAAUUGGUCGACUCGAAUAUGUUUACCAUUGAAGUCUGAAACUGAAAUGCAGAAACAUAAAUCUCGUUCAUUAACUGAAAGUUUUCAUGAUAUUCAUCCGUCAUUGUUACUCUUCUUAAAUCGUCUUCGUUCAAUCACAAUCGACAAUCGUCUGACACAUUCGAAGCAUAUUUACGAGCGAAUUGAUCUUCCAGGAACAAAAAUUAUCGAGAUACAUUGUGAACAGACCAUCGAAAAAUGGUUUGUCAUUAAGAAACAACUACCAAUUCCAAAUGAAAUCCAAACAAAUCUUGAGACUCUGAUCGAAUCAACCGAAAUUGCAUUAGCUUUUCCUCUACACGAAAUUCGAUCCAACGAACAGUUCAAACUAACCAAACAGGAUGUUUACGCCUAUUUACCACUACGAACAUUCGGUUUCACAUUCAUUAUUCAAGCAGACUUCGAAGUUCCAUCCUCACGCCAGGAUAUCCUAAGUGAUAGCAUCUGGAAUCAAUAUCUUCUCAACGAAAUUCCGUCUCUAUUUUUAUCAUCACUCGAUAUCUUUCAGGCAGAACGAUCGUCUUUACCAAUCGAUCCUCUUCAUUUUUUUCUCUGUUUUCUUCCUGAUGAAGUAUCAAUCUAUAACAACAAUAUAUUCAGACCAGUUUGCCGAACGAUCCUUCAUUCCUUACGUUCUCGUCGGUUUCUUCCGGUUAUCAGUGAACCUAAUCUUCACAUGCCACACGAAUGUGUACUCGUUCAUGAUUCAACUAUUAAAGAUCUGCUCACACCUGAACUUCUCUACCAUCAUUUGAAUUUGUACUAUCUAAAAGACGAAUUUUCUCAACAUGAAAAACAAUUAUGCGAAUUAGGUGUUCAACGAUUAACUCACCAGGAAUUAAUCGAUGUGCUGAAGCAAAUGUUGGCUAAAGAAAUAACUUAUGAAAAUAAAUCGAUUCUCUCGAAAUGGUUCUUAUGCUUAUAUCGAUGCUUGAAUGAACUUUCUCUUCACGAUGAACAGAAUGUUCUAAAACAUAUUCAAACGCUGAAGAUUUUUCCAAUCAAAAAUCGACAAGAAUUCAUCGCAUUAAAUCAGUUAACUCAACCGAUUUUCUUUCCAUUAACAAACCUUCAUUUAUCGUCAUCGAUAGAAAAUGAUUUGUUGAUUAUUGAUGAUGGAUUAUGGAUGAAUUACGAUGAAAAUUCUAUCGAAAGAAUGCAAAUUCAAACUCUACUGGAAAGACUUGGUAUUCAACGCUUAAGCCAUCGAAUCAUCUGCGAACAACACAUCUUUCCCAUAUUUGAGAAUGAACAGAUAUGGAAAGAGAAGUCACAAGACAUUCUCGUUAGCUACACCAUUUACAUUUUCGAUCUUUGGUCAAAACAGAAGUAUUUUCUCGACAUGUCUCGAUUGAAAUCGAUUAUUCCGCUAUUGACGAACCAUCAUUUUAAGCAACCGAAUCAAACUUCAAUACAUUUUCCAGUAGCGUAUGGAAAUCCUUAUGAUUUACCGAAAGAUUUUCAUGCGUACAAUUGGACGUUACUCAGUGAUGAUUAUAUUCAACAUAUUUCAUCAUCGACUGAUCGGAAGAACCUACGUAAAUUCUUUGCAGACUUGGGUGUUUCGGAUUUUCUCUUACCGAUGAAUGCAUGGACUUAUGAACAGUUCGAUUCGUUAAUCCGCACGCAGUCUAUUUCAUUGAAUAAACGGCUUUUCCUUGCAUUACAAGAAACUUGGACAACGACGACAGGAAAUGAGGAGUUUGCUCAACAUUUGAAGGAUUCGAUAUGGCUACCAACCACUCAGCAUGAUUAUUCAUACAAUGAAGCAACUGAUGAAACGGAAAUAAAGAAGGUGGUGAAUUUAUCGAAACCGAAAGAUGCUUACAUAAAAAGCAAACAGAUCUAUCAACUUUUCGGACAACAUGUUCCGUAUGUCAAUGUCGAGAUCGAUCCGAAUUCAACGUUUUCGACGGAGAUUGGUCUUAUUCACCAUGUAACAUCCUCGGAUGUGAUUUCAAUGUUAAUACAAUGGUGCCAAAGCUCGAUUUUCUUCACUUCGCUAUCGCAUAUGCAAUAUGUUUACAAAUACAUAUAUGAAAACGCGAAGAUAAACGAAAUACGGGAGUUAAUUCAGCAGAAUUCGAUUUUCUUUGUUCCAAUCGAUCCUGGUCGAGGAAAAUUCGUUGGUCUCUCGGACGUUUGUUGGUACGAUUCAACGAAUCUAUUCACGAAGUACACUGCAUCACAAUCAAAUCAUCGCUGCAUACUCGAGCCUUAUUAUACUGAACAAAAAUCGAUCUUCGUUGAUACUUUCGGUGUACCGUUACACCCAACUAUCGAUGAAUACAUCAAUCUGCUAGUUCAUAUUGCGACAAAUACAACAACAGAAGAAACUAUACAGGAUGCAUUUCUCGUCUUUAAAAUGCUUGGAAAAUGGUUUAAACAGUCAGAUACUCCAAUCGACAAGCCGUAUUUACAAUUUAAACGAAUAUUUCCAACGACUGAUCAUCGUUGGGUUUCGAUUAAUGAUAAUCCUCUCAUUUCUGACAAUGACGAUAUCGCUCAACAAUUUUCUCAAGUUACCAACAUUCCUUUCAUUUACGCACCUUCAGAUCACGUGCUGACGUUUUUCAACAUGUGCGAUAUAAAAUCUCUCUCAUCGGCGAUAAUCAUUGAAUGUACAAUUGAGAAUCAAUCGAGUGGAGUUUUCGUUCAAAAUCUACUUGCCCCGAUGAUUCGUUAUAUACAACUAUACAUGAAAUCUCGUCCUGAAUUUGCCGAAGCAUAUCAAUGGACAAAAUCUAUCCAACUCUCAUCGGUUCUUGAAAACCUUCGGUUUGGUAUAAUUGAUAAUCUUCAAUUAACCUAUCGAAUGAAAUCCGAUCCAUCAGUUUGUAUCGUUCAACAGCAGAAAUCGUAUUUUGAUAAGAGCGAACUGAUCUUCUAUGUUCAUCGGCAAUGGACUGAACAUUCGAAAUCUUAUCGCGAUAUAUUUCAUUCUUUUGCACAAAUAUUUCUACCCAGUCAUAAUCGAGAGUUAAUCCGUGCGUUGGGCAAUUUUAUGUGUUUGCUCUACAACGAAGAUGAGGAUAAUUUAGAAAUGUUUGCAAAAUAUCAACAUUUUGAUUUAUACUCUGAUGAUAUUGAGGAUAUGCCCUGGCAAAUCUCAUCGACGCCAUCGACACAAAUAAAAUCCAUCGAACCACCGAAAAUCGAUGAAAAUAAAGUUCGAACAUUGCUAGAAAAUGUAGCACAAAGCCAAGAACAAUAUCAUGCGUUCAAACGAAAGAAGCGAGAAGAAGCGCAGAAGAUGACUACUGAUGCAAAACACGAAUCUCAUCAGCCCGAUAUCAUCUCUCGAUUUGAUCGUAUACAGUCUGGUAACCUUCCUUCAAUAACCGACACACCGUUUGAAAAUGUUGAGCAACAUUCCAAGAAGUUCGAUAUCAAGGACUUAACUCAUCAAGUUCUUCACAAUCGCAAUUCAGCCAUAGGUUCCGACCAAGCAUCCUUAGAAGAAAUUGGUCGUUGGGGUGAGCAAUGGGUCAACGAAUAUCUUCGUAGUAAAUAUCAGGAUAAAAUUCAAUCGAAUGAGAUAGAUAUCAUUUGGUUAAAUCAAAAUUUCGAACAAGGCAAACCUUAUGAUUUCAUACUGAGAAGUCUCAAAUUCGAUUGGGUGAUUUAUAUCGAAGUGAAAAGUACUUUAAGUAGUAACCGUCAAUUGAUCCCGAUAACAUUCAACGAAUUGCAACACUGUUGUUCGUUGACGAAUCGAAAUCACGAAUUUCAAAUCUAUCGCGUUUAUAAUACAGGUCAAUUGAAGACAGUUAAAUUACGUAUUGUGGAAAAUCUUGAAGAGAAAUUACGCAAACAUGCAUUGGAAUUGUUUUUAUUUGUUCUUUUUCGAAUAAUGAUUAUAGCUACACGACGAUUAGUCACAACACUAUCGCUCAAUUGUACUCAAUCAGUUUUGAUUAGAUCUGCAUCGUAUCGUAUUAAUCCGAUCGAAACGCCGAAUCAAAUAACUGUCCCACAUUCCAUGGUGAAAAACAUUGAACGACAGCGAGCAAAGAAAAUCUACAAAAAAGAACAGGAGGAAGAUCCACCAGGGGAUCGAUCCCAAUCACCAGUGGUGGCUUGUAAACGUUCGGAAUUCAAUCACUAUCCAGGUCGAGGAUACAAACAUAUGACCGAGAAACAUGUUGCUUCGAACGCGUGGCAUCAUCGCUUAUCGAAAGGAGAUUUCUUUACCAUUGAUCAUCAUUUUAAAAAUCCAUCAUGGUCUCAAGCAACAGUGUCAACAUUUGAACAACUCGAGUGUAAGCCUGAGCUGGUUGAACUUCUGCAGAAAGCGAAUAUUCACAAUCCAACUGCUACGCAGUCACGUGUCAUCCCAGAAUUGAGAACUGGUCGACAUAUGAUUGUAGCAGCGGAAACCGGUGGUGGAAAGACAUUGGCAUAUCUCGUACCUCUCAUUGAAUCGUUACUUCGAUGCAAAGCAUCAAAUCGUGGAGUACCAAUAGAAAAUGCACCAUUCGCAAUUAUUCUUGCACCAACUCGAGAACUUGUUGUUCAAAUAGAAAAUAUGUUACAAGUGUUUAAUGACUUGAAUAUUCGAACAAAAAGUUUAGUCGGUAUUAACACUGACAAAGACCCAUUAAACUUCACCCUCGGCGUAGUUGAUUUUAUCAUCGCUACGCCCGGUGUUUUGCUACGACUUCUCAGACAAGAUGAACAUUUCGGUAUUGAAAGACGUUUAAUCGGUACUAAUCUUCGGCAUGUUGUUGUUGAUGAAGCUGAUACUCUUCUCGAUAUUACAUUCAGUCCUGCUGUCGUCGAGAUUAUUCGACGUUUAGAAGUUGAUGUGCAACCAAUCAAUGAUGUUGAACACAAUGCACCACCUGCCGUUCAACUCAUUUUUGUCUCUGCAACAAUCCCUACUGCCACCGAAGAAAGUCUUAAAGAUUUAAUUAGCGCUGAUCAAAUCGAUAAAAUGUCCACUCCAUCUGUACAUCGAAUCAUGCCACAUGUUCCACAAAAAUUCUACCGAGUGGGAAAUCAACAGAAACUUGAACUGCUGUUAAGGCUGGUCAAGAAUGAUAUUGAAAAGAAACAUCCCUGUUUGAUAUUCUGUAAUAAAACCAAAACAGUUCGAUUUCUUCAACAGUUCUUCCGUGAUCAGCGUAUUGAAAUUCUUACGAUGCACAGUGAAAUGACUGCCACAAAACGUGCGAACAAUCUGGAAAAGUUUUCUACUGGCGAGAAUAAUGUCAUGUGUGCAACGGAUAUCAUUUCACGAGGAGUGGAUACGUACUGGGUAGAACAUGUGAUACAAUUUGAUUUUCCAUCGUUUAUGUCGGACUACAUCCAUCGAGCAGGUCGUGUUGGGCGGAUUGGUGCGAAAAAACCUGGCAAAGUGUCCAGCUUCGUCACUCAACCACAAGAGAUCUCUCUGGCACAAAAAAUCGAAGUCACUGCCCGUUUGAAUAAAAAACUUAGCGGAGUAAAUAAUGAUAUCAGAAAACAAUUAGAGCUCCGAGCACAACAACGUGAACAAAGACAAGAAAGGAUCGACAGUCGACAAGUACGUGAAGAGCUUUGCAAUGAAGUCAUUCGAUCAGCUAUGGUUUAA